AUGAACGUUUCUGUCAGACCCAUCGCUACCAGUGUACAUUACCUCUACCUUUUGCAUGACGGUGGUUCGGUUGGGUCGAUAAAGCCUCUUUCCCUCUCUAUCGCUUUAGUACCUCCACGUAUCUUCUAUUCUAGUCACACUGUUCUCCCCUCCAGCGACACUGCAAAGAAUGGGGGUAGGAGUAUCCGAGCAAGAUGGGGAAUCGCGAGUUCUGUCAGUGGCCUCUCGGACACGAAAGCGUUGGGUUUUGUGAAGGAUUCUACAAAGCCUGGCAAGUUGAAUAUACUUAAGAAUAUUAAGCGUAGCGUUUCAAGGAUUCUGUCGAACAACGAGUUUAAUAUUGUAAAUGACGAGAUAAGUUUAUCUGCAGAUGAAACUUCGGCAUAUCGUUUCUUCAGAUUGUUCCUCAUAUAAAGAGGAACGAGAAAGAUAUUCGUAAAGAACCAAGAGAAUUAAAAAUCAUUUACCAGAGUGGAAACAAAGAAACAAACUGGAGAAAUUCAGUUGGCUGGUUGUUUGCAUAUCAAAUCUCCGCGAGGACUUCAACAAUUGCUAACCGAGUUAACUUGAAGUGUCCUUUGGCUGGUGGUCUCGCUGGUAACGUGGAAAUUAAUUGA